CUACAUGAAUUUCAAACUUUACCAAAUGGAUGUAAAAAGUGAAUUGUUAAACGGUGAGAUCAAGGAGGAUGUGUACGUUGAGCAACCUCCUGGAUUCAUCGACUUUGAAUUCCCUAACCAUGUUUUUAAGUUGUCCAAAGCACUUUAUGGUCUUAAACAAGCUCCUAGAGCUUGGUAUGAAAAAUUGACUCUUUUCUACUCUCUCAAUGCUUCUGUCAGGGUGGGGUCGACAAAACUCUCUUUAUUAAACGAAAAAAUAAUCACUCCUUGAUUGUGCAAGUUUAUGUAGAUGAUAGUCUUUGGAAGCACAGACCCUGGCAUGUGUGAUGAGUUCUGUUCCUCCAUGAAAAAUCAAUUUGAAAUGAGUUUGAUGGGAGAAUUGACAUUUUUCUUAGGCCUGCAAAUUCAUCAAACUGCUUCUGGGAUCUUCAUUCAUCAAACCAAAUACCUACAAUCUAUGCUGUCCAAAUUCGAUUUAAUGAGUAUUAGCUCUUGCAAGACCCCCAUUGCUUCAAAUACUCAUCUAGAUUAUGAUCUAGAUGGGCAACCAGUUUGUGAACAAAAAUUUAGAGGAAUGAUAGGGUCUUUACUGUAUUUAACUGCUAGUAGACCAGACAUUCAGUUCAGUGUCUGUCUUUGCGCCAGAUUUCAAAAUCAUCCUAAGGAAAGUCACAUGAUAGCUGUCAAAAGAAUUUUUAGAUAUUUAAAGGGUUCACAUGAUCUUGGUCUGUGGUAUCCUAAAUCUGAAUCUCCGACUCUAAUAGGAUAUUCUGACUCCGAUUUUGCUGGCAGCAUUACUGUUAGGAAAAAUACUAGUGGUACAUGUCAAUUUUUUGGUCGUUCCCUUGUGUCUUGGUCGAGUAAAAAACAAGGAUAUGUGGCCUUGUCAACAGCAGAAGCAGAAUAUGUUGUUGCGGGAAGUUGUUGCACACAGAUUUUCUGGUUAAAUCACAACUUUCAUACUAUGGUCUCAAUUUUAAUAAAAUUCCUAUUCUCUGUGACAACACUAGAGCAAUCUUUAUGUCGAAAAAACCCUGUCCACCACAGUAGAACCAAGCAUAUUGAAGUGAAACACCAUUUUAUCAGAGAUAUAAUUCAGGCUGGUCAUGUAGAAUUAAAUUUCAUUUCUACUGAAUUUCAACUUGCGGACAUCUUCACAAAGGCUCUUUCUUCUUAUCGAUUCAUACGACUAUGUGAUGAACUUGGAUUGCAGUCACUUCACUCCAUUCAGAAUGUCCAUUAAACCAGGUUCCGCACUUCCUUACUCGUACUUUACUUGUAAAUCAAUAAUUACUGCAUUUAUGUUUGUCGUGCCUUUCUAGAAAUUGGUUGUUCAAUGAAUGUGUUGUUUGAGUUUCCCAUGUUUUCUUUUUGAUAGUUCCAAAAACUCUAAAUACUGCUCUUAGUAUUUUGGUUCAUGUUUAAGUAUAUAUAUUCCAUCUUCCCUGUCUCCUCUUCGUCCCUCAUGCUCUAAACCUCAAAUCCUGUCCCUCAAUAUGACUGAGCUUUUCACCUCAUCCAACAUUCCUGGUGCCAUUGUCACCUAUGUUGGGAGAACAUUCAAUGAGCCUAUUGACUUCAACCUGCAUCGAUUCAAGGAUUUUUUAUGCCUCUCGCAGACUUGUUGAUCCCAUUACCCUUGAUCUCUUUGAAUUCAAAGCCUCUGGGAUUGACAUUACCCCUUUCAUCCAAAACCUGGGAUGGAAUUUCUUCUUCACUACCCACCUCUUGCUGCCUGUCCUCUUCCUGUACGAGCAUUCUAUGCAAAUUUGGACGGUCGGGGCAUUACCACAAGGAAACUCACUACACUGGUGAAUGGUUAUUUUAUUUCCCUUACCUCUGAAGCCAGUGGUGUACUUCUGAACCUUCCUACUGGAGGUCCCCUUCCUCUUGCUCAUGAGGAUGAAUUCCUAUUCUAUGAUUUUGAUAAUGUGAUUGAGUACUCUCGCAUCACUCAACGUCGAGUUGGGGCUAAUGAAGUUAUCACCUCUGUCGAUCUGAACCCUUCCCUGCGUACACUCCACUACUUCAUUACCCACUUUUUCUUACCCCGCACCACUGGCCUUCAUAUUGUCACUAAAAUCGACCUUUGGAUCCUCUCAAAUGCUCUCACUGACCGUCAAAUUGACUAUUCCCAGCUGCUUUUUGGAUCCAUUGUUCGAAGCGCUGAUACUCACAUUGGUGGUCCACUUCCUUAUGGUGGAUUCAUCACCCUUCUCAUUUUCAAUCUUGGCAUUUGCUUGGAUGGAUACUCCUCUGUGGAGACCUCUGUGUAUGUCUCUGCUCUCUCAGUUCUGAACUUCAUAGGUGUUGAUCCUGAGUCUUCGAAAGGGGGAGACACCUGUGAUCCAGCAGUUGUUGUGCAUUUCAAGCGCAAAUCCAAAUCCAUAUCAAAAUCCCCGCUUCUUGGGGAUUCAUCCUCAUCUGUUCGCAAAAACCUGAUCAUUUUGUUUGAAGAAGAAGAAGUUGAACUGGAACAUGUAACAGUGUCUGAAAAGGAUAUCAGAUUCUUUGCUAAAGAUCUUGAGAAGGACAUGAUGGAAGGCAUGGUUGGAACUCAGGGGGAGCCAAAGGAAAAGGACAUGAUGGAAGGAUUAGCUGGAACUCAGGGGGAGCCAAAUGAAAACUGUUCGCUGGAAGACAAACUGUGAAGAAGGAAUCAUAAGAAUAAUAAGGAGAAUCUGAACCUGUGUUUUAUUGUGUCUUUGUGGUGUUGAUGUGUUCGUCUGUCUUGUUUGAAAGACCAUAAUGGUCUAUCAUUUGUGUCCUAUCUUUAAAGACCACAAUGGUCUAAAUAAAUUACUCAUUCUUGUUGCUUCUGGAAGUCAUCGUGUCCAGUGCAAUAUAUCUCGAUAUUCAUGUGCAAGUUAAGAAAUAAAUGUCUACUUUGUACAUACUGGUAUGUCUGAGGAACUCUAUGCUUUGAUGUUACUUUGACUGUUGGCAGGAAUAAAGGCUUGAACGCAAGGGGAUAUUGUUGGGAUUAUGAUGUAGCGCGAGGGAGUAUGAUGAUAGGACGACGAACUUAUGAAAUUUUCGAAGUCAGUCGCUCAACAAAAGACACUGAGCACAUAACUAGGUGGGGGCUGUAUAGGUGUCAAUCGGGCGGGUUCGGGCUGGGUUCAAUCGAGUUGCAAGUUAGUCGGGUUUCGGGUCCAUCGGGUUGCAGGUUCGUCGGGUUUGAGUUCAAAUGGAUUGCGGGUUAGUCGGGUUGCGGGUUCAUCGGAUUCGGGUUCAAUCGGGUUGCGGACGAAUCAAUUACGGGUUGUUCAGGUCAGCGCAUCGAGUAACUUACCCCUUACUCAUUACCAACUUACACAUUUUAUUACACUAAUUUAAAAUAUUGUUCUCAAUUUUUAACCAAUUUUUCCCUACCUCGUAUAUAUACUUGAUUUAUAAAAAAACUAGUAAAAUUGUUGAAUCAAUUUGUACGACUUGCAAACUUGUUAUGUAAUUAAUCGUAAUUGGCAAAAUCCACUAGCUAAUAGUAAUAGUGAUAUAAAUAUUUGCAACCUAAAGACACCAUUAAUUGUUUUUUUUUUUAUAAUGGUGAGAGAGAUACUAUUAAAAAGGAAAAUAAAACCCAGCAAAGUUCAAGCUGCACAAGAGGUGCAGCCAACACCCAGAAAAUAAAACCGAAAGCUGGAAAGACAGAAUAUAGAAAAGAGAAAAGAAAAAGAACGAAAGAAUGAAACCCAACAGAACGCUUCGCCCAACAUCGCCAGAAGCCAAGAAAACAACCCACCCCCCGUCUAGGCUGACCAAGCAGCCCCUGACCUGAAUCUCAACAAACCAGCAGCCAAUGGAGAAAGCAGCAGCAACCAUUAUUCCCUUCAAGCCCCAGCAAACAUCAAUAGUAGCAAAUCCCAACAAACUAGCAGCCAAUGGAGAAAGCAGCAACAACCAUUAUUCAGUAGUAAACAGAUUAAAGUAUCUCGUUUAGUAUAAUCAUGCAAACCUGGUAUUAAAGAUUAAAUGAGUUA